AUGGAGCUGAAAGUAUGUUGGAGUGACACUAUUAUUCAGAUUAAAAAGAUGAUUCAGGAUCUAACAGGCAUUCCUGACAAACAAUUCAUUAAUCCUCCUGACACACAAGCCAUUAUUUUUAACGAUGUCGUAUUAUCCAAUGGUAAUACCCUAUCAUAUUACAACGUCCAAAAAGGGUCCACAUUGUUUCUAGAAUCUAAUGUGAUUCUUAUCUACGUGAAAACAAAAACUGGAGAAACAUUGAAGCUUAAUUCAAGACUCAAAUCAACGGAAAUUAUCAUCUACGUGAAAACAAAUACUGGAGAGACUAUAGAGCUUAAUUCAAUACCAGAUUAUACUAUUCGCAAUAUUAAGUUAAUGAUCCAAGAUAAAAAAAAUAUCCCUCUUGUCCAACAACGUAUUUAUUUUAAUGAAAAAGAAUUAAAUGACAAUAUAUGUACUUUAUCUAGAAAUUAUAUCAAUGGUAAUAAAAAUCAAUGUGAAAAUAAUGAACGAAAAAAUUAUAGAGUUAAACAAUAUGAAGAAAUAAUGGUCUAUAUAAAAUUAAUAGACGGAAAAAUCAUAAACCUGAAAGUGAAUAGAAAUUGCACCAUCGAACAAGUUAUUCGCAUGGUUAAAGAUAAAGGCAUUUCGAUAAAUCGUUUAACUGUAAUUCUGGACCACAGCAAUAACGUCUUAGAUACCUUGAGAACGUUAGAAAGUUAUAGGUUUAGACAUGAGUCCACUCUUAAGCUACAUCAAUCUAAACGAUAUUCUGGUCAGUUAAUAGUGCAAACACUAACCGGAAAAGCAAUAACUGUGGAUGCAGAAUCUAGUGACACUAUUGACCAAGUUAAACAAAAGAUCCAGGACAAGGAGGGAAUCCCUCCUGAUCAACAACGUCUUAUUUUUGCUGGCAAGCAAUUAGAAGACGGGCGUACCUUAUCAGAUAAUAAUAUUAAUGAUAUCGUCACAGGAGUCCCUGUCCUUCAUCUCGUACUUAGACUACGUGGUGGGAUGUUUCAAGAAACUAGUGGUCGCAAAGAAUUUGAUGCAUUGCCAUCACUCACGCAAUUUAUGCUAACGCCUGAAGAACGUCUACAAAAUGGAAUACAUGCGGGUAUUGUUUGUAAUUAUUGCAGUAAACGCGAAUGGAAAGGAGCAAGAUAUAAAUGUUCUGAGUGUUCUGAUUAUGAUUUAUGCUUUGAUUGUAUCGCAAUAUCCAACCUUCUUCAUAAUACGCAACAUCAUUUUCUGAAGAUCUUGAAUCCCUUAGAUCCAAAGGAAACGCCAAAAAAACGGCGAAGACAUUCACCCGAGCUGCAACAAAAAUAUUAUGAUGUUGGGAACGAUCCUACAUGUGGCAAGGAUUGGAUGGAUGUUACUGAUCAGAUGCAGCAUGAGUUGGUUCGAGAGUUUGGAUAUUCAGAUGAGGCAGUACAAUUGUUGCGGCGUGCGCCACAGCUUUAUCCAGAUGAUCCCGAAUUCCGAACAACUCAAGUAUAUGUUCGCAAUAAUAUUGCUAAUAUUGGAAACCUCACUGAAGGAAUGCCAGCACCUGAUUGUCUAUUGGUUCCACUAGAUUCUACAUCAACCAUUGAUAACAGUAGUACCAAUUCACCAACUUUAGUUCAUUUAAGUUCACUUUAUAAAUCAGGACGGCCUCUUGUUCUUCUUGGUGGAUCGUAUACUUGUCCUUUAUACCGAUACAUAUCUCAUGUGCUCAAUGAUAUAUAUAAUAUAUAUAAAACAUCUGUGGAUUUUUAUAUGAUUCAAAUUCGAGAAGCGCAUGCAUCUGAUGUUUGGCCUAUUGGUAAUAUUGUAGAUGUUAAGGAGCAUCGCACAUUAUCCGACCGUUUAGCUGCUGCACGUCAAAUGGUUAAAGAGACCAAGUUGGAAAUUCCAGUACUUGCAGAUACAAUGAAUGAUACUUUUUUAAAAUUGUAUUCACCAUGGCCAUUCCGAUUUUUUGUCGUUGUAGAUGGUAUUUUAAAACUUGUUGGAAUGCCAAAGGAAGUUCAUUAUGAUACAACAGACCUAGUUGAAUGCUUAAAUGGUCUUUUAUCUAGUAAAAAAGAGUAG